GAUUGCUCCUGCCUGUCGUGUAGGUAUGGCGCGCGCAAGCCGGCACUCAGGCAGCUGGAACGCAGGUCGGGGUCUCGCUCCGCGCUGAGCGCCAAGCAGGGCCUACUGGGCUCAUGGAGAAGCCCGGCUCGUGGGGGACGGCAGUCGGCGCCGGAGGCCAGAGCUGGUGCUUGCGGCGAGUGGGGACGAACGCCGACUGGCUGCUGCUGGAGGACGGGCGCGAGGUGACUAUAGGACGAGGAUUGGGUGUCACGUACCAACUGGUGUCAAAAACCUGCCCUCUGAUGAUUUCUCGAAACCAUUGUGUUUUGAAGCAGAACUCUGAGGGCCAGUGGACAAUUAUGGACAAUAAGAGCCUGAAUGGUGUUUGGCUGAACAGAAUGCGUCUGGAGCCCUUGAAGUUUUAUUCCAUCUGUCCAGGAGACCACAUCCAACUUGGGGUACCUCUGGAAAAUAAGGUGAAUGCGGAGUAUGAGUAUGAAGUUACAGAAGAAGAUUGGGAGCGGAUAGCUCCUUGUCUUCUGAAGAGUAAGCAGAUGGAAAAAAAUAACAACUUGAGAACUAAACGGAAAUUGAGUUUGGGUGAAUUAGAGGUUUCUGAAGCCGAAGGCUCCUCAAACUUGACAUCUAAAGUAGGUAAGGUGUCUUGUGAACCUGGCCACCCUGUGAAGUCACAUGAGAACGGUGAAGUGCCCUGUCAACCCUCUGAGUGUUUGGAUCCCAAGCUGACCUCUGUGGAGGCACGGGAGGAAAUCUCGGGGGCUGCCGUCUGCUCCAAACCCCCUAAGUCCGUAGCACUUCCUCCUCACAAGCUGCCAGGCUCAACGUCUUCAACGUCGCAGUGCAGCUUAGAGCUGUUCAGGGUAACCAUGUCCAGGAUUCUGAAGCUGAAAGACGUGUUGCAGGAAAAGCAGAUGGCUGUUCUGAAUGUGAAGAGACAGACCCAAAAGGGGAACUUGAACAAAAUUGCAAAAAUGGAGGAGGAACUGCAGACUUUACAUUCCCAGCUGUAUGAAGAACAAGCUCAGCAGCAGGCGAGACUAGAAGAACUGGAGAAGACGUUCCAAGAAGAGGAACAGCAUCUCCAGGGUUUGGAGGAGGAACAAGGAGAAGAGGACCUGAAGCAACAGCUGGUCCAGGCUCUGCAAGAGCACCAGGCUCUGACGGAGGAGCUCAACCGCAGCAAGAAGGACUUCGAAGCGAUCAUUCAAGCCAAGAACAGAGAACUGGAGCAGACCAAGGAAGAGAAGGAGAAGGUGCGAGCACAGAAGGAGGAAGUUCUUAAUCAGAUGAAUGAUGUGCUGGAAAAUGAACUCCAAUGUAUUAUUUGCUCAGAAUACUUCAUUGAGGCCGUCACCUUGAACUGUGCCCACAGCUUCUGCUCUUAUUGUAUCAAGGAAUGGAUGAAGCGGAAAAUAGAAUGCCCCAUUUGCCGGAAGGACAUUGAGUCCAAAACCCACUCCCUGGUUCUGGACAACUGCAUUAGUAAGAUGGUGGAUAAUCUGAGCUCAGAAGUGAAAGAACGACGAAUUGCCCUCAUUAGGGAACGAAAAGCAAAGCGGCUGUGCUGAAGAGCUUGCUGUAAGGGUGUGCGGAAGACUGCCAAGCGGUGGGAGCUCGGCGUGGUCCAGCGGCUUUCCUCUGGACACGACUCAGGCUGCACAAGAGGUCAUCUGAGAAGUCACCUGGGACACAGACUGGCACGGGCACCCUCAGUCACCCUUGCCAUGCUGGCCAGCACCAGUGAGACUCGGGGCAACUCUGUUCUAGGGUAUUUAAUUGAUUUGGCUUCACUACAUGUUGAAUGGAUUACUGGAGUUUUGUUAUUAUUGUUUUUUAAUUUGUUGUUUUUGUUGUCACUGUUUUGGUAUCUGAGGCAUUUCUGUUGAUAAUUGUGUUACACGGGUUAAGUGUACUUGUGGCCACCUCUAAGAGGACCUGUAUUUUGAAAGGCUAACUCACCUCUUCUUUGUAAAAGCAAGAUGUCAUUUCCUGGAAAUAAAAUGUAAAACCUG